AGCAUCUUAUACUUCUCCUUUUAACAAGCUUAUUUUAUAUGAUAACAAACACAAGUCAAGAAAAAAAUCCAAAAUUCUCAUGGCUUCCUUUCAAUUAUCUCUCACCAAUCCCAAACACAAAAGAAACCAUAUUUUUCGAGAAGUUUUUCCAUUAUAUUGCAACAUAUUCAAAGCUAAAAACCUCUCUUUCUCAAACAAAAAACUUCCACCAAAAUUAUCAAGUGAUAUUUCUUUAAAACCUUCAUUUCUUUCUAAUUUAGCACCUAAGGAUACUAAAAUCCAACAAUAUGAAGAAGAGAAAAAACCCCUUUAUGAAAUGUGGAGAGAAAUCCAAGGGUGCAAAAAUUGGGAAGGUUUACUUGACCCUAUGAACUCUAAUCUAAGAAAAGAAAUCAUUAGGUAUGGUGAAUUUGCACAAUCUUGUUAUGACUCAUUUGACUAUGAUCCUCAUUCUAAGUAUUGUGGUACUUGCAAAUAUCAACCAUCACAUUUCUUUGAGAAACUCAACAUGGUGAAAAAAGGGUAUGAAAUGAGGAGAUAUUUGUAUGCAACUUCAAAUAUUAAUUUGCCAAAUUUCUUUCAGAAGUCGAAAAAUCGUAUGGUUUGGAGUCAACACGCGAAUUGGAUAGGAUAUGUAGUCGUAGCCACAGAUCCCGAAGAAAUUAAGCGUCUAGGGCGUCGUGGCAUUGUUGUUGCAUGGCGUGGCACGGUCACGUACUUAGAAUGGAUCCAUGACCUCAAGGAUAUUUUGCACCCAGCUCAUUUUCGCGAUGAUCCUAACAUCAAGAUCGAGUCAGGGUUCUUCGAUUUGUAUACUCAGAAAGAAAAAAAUUGUCACUAUUGUUCAUUUUCGGCUCGUGAACAAAUUUUAGCUGAGAUUAAUCGAUUAAUCGAGAAGUAUGAAGGUGAAGAGCUAAGUAUUACAAUUACAGGGCAUAGUCUUGGUGCAGCAUUGGCUUUGUUAAGUGCUUAUGAUAUAGCUGAGAUGAAAUUGAACAUUUUACAUAAUGGUAAGUCUGUAAUUAAAAGAAUUCCAAUUACUGUUUUUUCAUUUGCUGGCCCUAGGGUUGGAAAUCUUAAAUUUAAAGAAAGGUGGGAAGAGCUAGGAAUUAGGGUUUUGAGAGUGAUAAAUGUGCAUGAUAAGGUGCCAACUGUGCCUGGAAUUAUUACAAAUGAGAAAUUUCAAUUUCAAAAGCAAUUAGAAGAGACUAUUUCAUUUCCUUGGAGUUAUGCUCAUGUUGGGGUGGAAUUAACAUUGGACCAUCAUCAUUCUCCUUUUCUAAAGCCCAAUAAUGAUUUGGGCUGUGCACAUAAUCUUGAGGCCCAUUUACACCUCGUCGAUGGCUACCACGGGAAGGAUCGCGCGUUUUGCUCCGCCACGGGGAGGGAUGUCGCUCUCGUCAACAAGGACUCUAGUUUCUUGAAGAAGGACUAUGGCGUGCCGCCGAUGUGGUGGCAAGAUGCGAACAAAGGCAUGGUGAGGACUCCCGACGGGCGGUGGGUGUUGCCGGAAAGGCCCAUAAUUGAGGCCCAUCCACCUGAUACGGCCCAUCAUUUUCAGCAAGUCCUAAAACUUGCUAGGGCUAGAUUACAUUUACCGUAGUUAUAUUUUUGGGAUUGUUACACAAAUAGCCAGCCAGAUUCAAUAUUUAUUUUUUCUAGCCAAGUAUACAUGAAUUAUACAUCUGCCAGCUUUUUUUAGUUUAAGAGAUUAUUUGGGUGGCUAUUUGGGUUAAUUCUUCUAUAUUUGUACUCUUCCAAAUUGUUGUGGUAAAAAAUAUCACAUCAUGACUAGACUUGCUAAGAAGAGAAUAUGUGGAUAUAAUUUUGCUCAUUGAAAAAUGUAGUGAUGCCCAAUAAAUAAGUAAC